UGCUUUACCGAAAAGAGAACCCAAUCCAUGAGUACCGAAAGAACGGUGGAACGGAGAAAGCGAACCCUAAGUCCCAACUCAUCCAUCGUAUAGAGCCGUUUUCUGCUGGAGGCGAUAGGUGUUGCUUCUCUCCGUCUCUUGCUCAGCUGCCUCGUGCGGUGCCGGUUCGCCUUGAUCUCAACAGGACGCACCCUCCUCCAUUGAAGAAAGCCGCCGAUACGUAGAGAGAAAGUAAGAGCGUGCGAUAUAAGCCAAUCAUGACCGACUAUGCACAAGAGCAGGAGAUGGAAAUCGAAGCAUUGGAAGCUAUACUUAUGGAUGAGUUCAAAGAAAUCCAUUCCUCUGAGAGUGGUUUAAAUACUUCAUCUCGGUGUUUCCAGAUAACAAUCACUCCACAGGAUGAUGACAUAGACCAGUCAACAACUACCCCAGUUCAGCUAGGCCUAAUUUUCUCCCACACAGAAAAAUAUCCAGAUGAACCUCCACUUUUGAAUGUGACAAGCAUAAAAGGUGUACAGCCAAGUGAUCUUAAGAAGUUAAAGGAAAAGCUUGAACAAGAGGCAUCUGAAAAUCUAGGUAUGGCAAUGAUCUACACACUGGUUUCGUCAGCUAAAGAUUGGCUGUCUGAUUUAUAUGGUCAAGAUGAUGAGAAUGAUGAUAUUGAGGAUCUCGAGGCAAUCAAAGACGAUGUAAUUAUACCACAUGGAGAACCAGUCACUGUCGAGACUUUCAUUGCAUGGAGGGAGAGAUUUGAAGCAGAGUUGGCACUUGAGCGAGCAAAGUUGAUGCCCGAGUCUGUACUCUCCGCCCCGAAAGAGAAGAAGCUUACGGGCAGACAGUGGUUCGAAAGUGGUAAAGGGAGAGGUGCAGCACCUGUCAACGAAGGGUCCGAGGAGGAAGAUGAAGAAGAUAUCGACUUUGAUGACGACGAUUUUGAUGCAGACGACGAGGAGGACAUGCUGGAGCACUAUCUGGCCGAGAAAUCCGACUCAUCAUCUCAUCAUUCUUCGUCAAGGAGAGCCAACUAGAUGAACUUAUUAAUGAUGUGUUGUAAUCUAGGCUGUGUUUUUAUCAAAACUUAAUGCGAGACUUUAGCUUUGCUGCUGAUAUUGAAUGGAGGCGGCGGAUGUGGAUUGGUAAAACCUCUUUCUGCUUUGCAGAUUCGAUGAAUGCUAAAACCGGCAAAGCAGACAGGAACACUUUUGAAAAAUGAAUUUGCAGGUAGACUUUUGUUUCAAUAAGGAUAAACUUUGGUUUACCUUUGCACUGAAAUUUGAAAUUUCAGCCACCAAUAGUCUAUGGAACAUGAGCUUGGACUACUUGUAAAAGCAUCCAACCUUCCUUUGAAACUGUAACUCAUGUGGUUGUUGACAUUAUUUGUGGUUAUAGAUUCCUCAUUGACAGACUUCUUGAAUACAAAUUUUGGACACAUUGAAUAAGUAUAGGGAAACUGAUUAAAG